AUGCCGGGGGCAUGCGAGCGAUGCUUGUCACUCGAGGCUGCACUUACCCGUGCUGAGAAGGAGGCUCACGUCCUCCGGCGCGAGCUCGAGGCUGCGUCGUCGGCCCUCACCGUCCGCGACGAGGGACCACUCUCGGCGCCCAAUUACAAGGCCAAGAUCAGGGUCCUCUCAUAUAAUGUCCGAGUCCUUGAGGACCAGCUGGCAGCGCAAGAAAAGCGGCAUGCACAGCGACUCCUUGACCUUGCCACCGCUCACCGCGCCGACAUGGCCCGCCUCGAAGACCGCUUCGAAGCCGAUCUCGAGUCGACCCUGGUAGACAUCCCACAGUACUCGGCGAUCUCCUCGCUUGUUGCCCAUCUUGUUGACGAAUCCGACGAUGACGAGCUCUUCGCUGCUGCCAGUUUCCAGCCCAACCUCGCUGCCGCCUCGCCGCCUCGUCCUUCUUCUCCAGUCGUGUCACCAGCCCUCAUCGCCCGUUUUGCCACUGCCCGCGGUCAACUCCUUCACGCAUCGCAACUCGUCGAAGACCUUGUUGCGUCAGUUCCUCAGCCGGCAGCCACUUCUGCUCCCGCUCCCACUCCUGAUCCUGCUCCCGCUCCUGCCCAGGAGCUCAAGACCGAGCGCGAGGCCGAGCUCGAAGUCGAGCUCAAGGCUGCGCGCGCCGAUGCAGCCGCUCUGCGAGCGCACCUUUCCCGCGCCACGACUUCUGACCCCCGCGAGAGCCGCGCCCGUGCGCUCGAAGAGUCUGAGGGCAUUCGCGUCCUCCGUGGCCGCAUCGCCGAGCUCGCCGAGGAGCUCACCGACGCGCGGGCCGAGCUCGACCUCGCCCAUCGGCACGCCGCCACAGACAAGAACACCGCUCCUACCUCAUCCGACCCACCCACCACCUCCAAGGCCGUUCUCGCGGCCGCCGCCACCUCCUUUGCCGCGGGUGCCGGCGUCGUUGCUGCCUCGGUCUACGCCAUGCCGUCCGUUGUCAUGUCGUUUGUCAGCUGA